UACAGUUAUCAAUUAAUUAUUCGAAUGGAUCAAGGAUAUAGUCUCGAAUCAGAUUACUAUUCUUCGUCCAUAAAUAUAAACCCCAACACUACUAUCGCAUCAAAUUCUUCCAUGAUAAAAAUAAACCAAACAACAACGUUAACGUCAAAGUCGUCCAUAUCAUCGUCUAUACCUAGUCAGCAACCACAGCCAACUUCCAUCAAAAGCGAAAAUCUUUCCGUUGUUAAUACAAAUGCAAUGAACGAAAUCAGUUCUGCCGAAGAGAAGGAAGGCAUAUCCUUUGUUAAUAGCAAGAGGAUCACCAUAGUAGAGGGACUCAUGAAAAUUAUAAAAUCUUCUUGGGUGAAUGUACUACUUAUAUUUGUCCCCUUUGGCAUGGCGUCUCAUUUUAUCUGGUCACCAACUGUAACAUUCAUUUUGAACUUCUUGGCAAUCAUACCUUUGGCUAAACUAUUAGGCUAUGCAACAGAAGAUAUAGCUUUGAGAACCGGUGAGAUCAUAGGUGGCUUGCUCAACGCUACGUUUGGAAAUGCCGUUGAGCUGAUCAUUUCCAUCAUUUCGCUCACGCAGAAUUUGGUCGUUGUUGUUCAAGCCUCUAUGCUGGGUUCUAUAUUAUCCAAUCUAUUACUCGUUCUCGGUAUGUGUUUCUGGAGCGGCGGUUACUAUCACAAAGCGCAAUUUUUCAAUAAAACAGUUGCGCAAACGUCAGCUUCUUUACUGUUUAUAUCAGUCGCUUCCCUUAUGAUACCUGCCGCAUUCUAUGGCUCCAUUCAUUUGACAUCGUCAACGACUGUAGAAUCAGCAAGUGAAUUGACACAAGCUAUAUUGAGUAUCUCGAGAGCAACCUCUAUUAUCUUGUUGAUUCUUUACUUUUCAUACCUAUACUUUCAGCUCAGGACACACAAGCAUUUGUUUAUGACACCUUCUGUAUCGGAGAGCCGCAGGGCAAGUCAGCUUUCUGGCAGAAAUUUGGAUCCCUUUAGAAUGACUGAGCAAGGACUUUCUCUUAGUAAUGAUUCAAUUAAAGACGAAAAUGACGAAGUUGAAGAACCUCAGCUGCCAGCUACAAUGGCUGUUAUUCUCUUAAUAUUAGUAACUGUGAUAAUUGGUGUUUGUGCCGAAUUUUUGGUUUCUGCAAUAGAAGAAGUGACCAAAGUCUGGCAUAUAAGCGAAACUUUUGUAGGCCUCAUUUUAAUUCCUAUCGUAGGUAAUGCUGCCGAGCAUUUAACAGCCGUUACCUGUGCUGUGAAGAAUAAGAUGGAUUUGGCUUUGGGUGUAGCAGUCGGCAGUAGUAUGCAGAUUGCGUUGUUAGUUACUCCUUUCAUGGUUAUCAUUGGAUGGGGCAUGCAUGUUGAUAUGAGUUUGUAUUUUAAUAUUUAUGAAACUGCUGUUCUUCUGAUCGCUGUCAUAAUGGUCAAUUAUCUAAUUAUGGACGGUGAAAGUAACUGGCUAGAAGGGCUUAUGCUUAUGGCAGUAUAUAUUGUCAUUGCAAUCAGCUUCUAUUAUUAUCCAAACGAAUCAGCUACAGAUAGUUUGCCUUCAAACUCUAGCGUAGCCAAUAAUACUAGGAACACAAUGAUUAUUUCAUGAUACCUCCACUCUGUACACAACUUUCGACUUUCAGCAAUUUUUAUAUUUGUACAUUAAAAAGCCAUGAACCAAACAUUGAAAGAUAACAUGUGUCUUCAAUUAGUCUUUUAACCCUUGAAUAU